UGCUGGUUCCGUAUUUCGGGUCUGCGAAGUGGGGGAGGCUGACGAGGUGGACGCUGCGGUGCCUGGCCCUGCUAGCCGCAACUCGAACCCCGGUCUAGGCCGGGCGCCCUGCUGUUCCGCUCUCCGCGAGCUGAGGACGGCCCUCCGCCUCUUAGUUCCCGCGUGGGCUCCGAAUCCUGACCGGGGCCGGGGGCCAGCGCCCCCUCCCCAGCCCUGAGGACCGAAGAUGAGCUUCCUCUUCAGCAGCCGCUCUUCUAAAACAUUCAAGCCCAAGAAGAAUAUCCCGGAAGGAUCUCAUCAGUAUGAACUCUUGAAACAUGCUGAAGCAACUCUAGGAAGUGGGAAUCUGAGACAAGCUGUUAUGUUGCCAGAGGGAGAGGACCUCAAUGAAUGGAUUGCUGUUAACACUGUCGAUUUCUUCAACCAGAUCAAUAUGUUAUAUGGAACUAUUACAGAAUUCUGUACUGAAGCCAGCUGCCCAGUCAUGUCUGCAGGUCCCAGAUAUGAAUAUCAUUGGGCAGAUGGAACUAAUAUUAAGAAGCCAAUCAAAUGUUCUGCGCCAAAAUACAUUGACUAUUUAAUGACUUGGGUUCAGGAUCAGCUUGAUGAUGAAACUCUUUUUCCUUCUAAGAUUGGUGUCCCAUUUCCCAAAAACUUUAUGUCUGUGGCAAAGACCAUUCUGAAGCGUCUGUUCAGGGUUUAUGCCCAUAUUUAUCACCAGCAUUUUGAUUCAGUGAUGCAGCUGCAAGAGGAGGCCCACCUCAACACCUCCUUUAAGCACUUUAUUUUCUUUGUUCAGGAGUUUAAUCUGAUUGACAGGCGUGAGUUGGCACCUCUUCAGGAAUUAAUUGAGAAGCUUGGAUCGAAAGACAGAUAAAUGUUUCUUCUAGAACACAGUUACCCUCUUGCAUCAUCUCCUGCUAGAUCUUUCUCAUUGCUACCUUGUAUAGGCUAUUGAUAUAAACUUUAAGGCAACAGGAAAAGAUACCCCUGGUCUGUGUCUACAGAUAAAAUUGUCCUAAAGAGGGAGAGUGCCCUGAUAGCUUCACAGUGAGACCUUGACACAGCCCAGACCAAGGGCCUGUGCAUCUGCUCUUGUUACUGUCAUUCACGGUUGCUACAUGUGACAAAUAACUUGUUGACUUAUUCUUUCACUUAAGAAAGUAAUUGGUUCUAUUUCUGGUGACAGAAUAAUGGAUAUUGAAAAUUUUUAGCAAUAAUUAUUAGUAAGUUUUCUAAGCAGAUUUCUUAACACAAUCAAAUCAAUUUUAUUAUCUUAGUUUAUAAAUACUUUUUUUUUAGUUUCUUCAUUUAAAACUUCUGUGACCCUUUAGAUACCUUUUUAUUUCAAGUUUGUAUGCUGGUGUUUUUAUAGAUAAGAAUAUACCAUUUUUUAGCUAGGCAAGUUGGUGCACACCUGAAAUCCCAGCUUUUGGGAGGCUAGGCAAGAGGAUCACGAGUUCAAGGCUAGCCUGGGCAGGUUAGUAAGACCUUUCCUCAAAAAAAAAAAAAAAAAAAGAAUAUAUAUAUAUGUACAUAUAUAUAUUCAAAAAUCUUUGAUUGCAGUUAAAUCAUAUGGCCUAUGUGAAUGGGAUUAACAGUUAUUUUUGAUGACAUAAUUUUAAUCUUUAUUUGGAAUUGUAUUCAUAUCAAAUAAUUAGAAGUAUAUCAGAAAUAAUUUUUCUUUGACUUCUGAGGGUAGUCUUACAAUUUUUAAAUUUUAAAUGCUUUAUUCAAAUUAAUAUGUUGCUUUGGCUAA